AUGCCUUCCGCAAAGACUCCAGCGUUUACCACUCUUCCUCGUGAAAGCCCUGACGAGGCUAUCCUCGAAGCCUUUGACCGCGAUGGCGCCGUAAUUAUAUCCGAUCUCCUAAACGAGACGAGCAUCAAUGUCAUACUCAAAGAGCUCAACUUAGACCCGACCGCCACGUCCGAACAAUGUGUUACCGCACUGGCUUCAAAAUCCCCUACGAUCGUCAAUGAGGUCCUCUUGUCCUCUCAGCUCAACCGCUUGCUGACUGCUCGGAUGUCGAAGACAACAACUAUCUGGCACGGAGAGGAGCUGCUCACGAACACAUCCCGGCCAUACCUGAGCGCCUCUGUUGUGUUCGAAGCUGCUCCAGGCAAGGCAGCCCAGCCCUUGCACCGUCAUGACGAUAUAUACUUCGUCGACCACCCCUUGGAUAUACCCGUGGAGAUCUGGGCGCUCAUUGCCCUCGAUGAUAGCGGAGUUGGCGAGGGUGGCAGCAUGAUAGACGGAAUCUUGGAGAGCCAUAAGUGGGGUGAAGAAUGGGAUCCCGCAGGACAUAGCCUAGCGUCCUCCGGCAUGAAACGUGGGGACUGCUUUCUCCUUCAUGGCUCAAUGAUUCAUCGAGGCGGAGAGAACUCCUCCACAAGUCUCCGCCGUACCUUGGGCGUUUCCUGGGCCCAGGGCCAUAUGAGGCAGGAAGAGAACCAAUUUUUGAACGUUUCCAAGGAGGUUGCCAUGAAACUGGAUGAAAAGACGCAGCGGCUUAUCGGAUAUAGGAUGAACGCGCCCUUCGGAGGGUGGUAUGAACUUCGAGAUCCUAUUACAUACCUUCAGCCGGAGGAUAAGGUCGAUAAAACAAUGAGGGACUUUUUGGAGAAAGAGAUCGAUGAGCAGAACGUCGUUUGA